UCCAUUACGACCGCAAUCAUCUAAUUCGUGCUCAAAAUCUCAGCAUCAAUGGCGAAAGUUAACAAGCGAUUGGCAGUUCUGGUAGGUUGCAACUACCCAAACACCCAAUACGAGUUGCAUGGGUGCGUAAACGAUGUGGUAGCCAUGAGAGAUGUGCUGAUUAAUCGAUUCGGAUUCAAACAGAUGAAUAUCAAGCUCCUUACGGAUGCACCAGCAGCAGCGGGAGAAGGAUCAUCAUCAUCCGUGGUUCUGCCGACGGGGGCCAACAUUAAGGCGGCAUUGGGUAAGAUGGUGAGCCAGGCCGAAGCCGGUGAUGUGUUGUUUUUCCAUUAUAGUGGACAUGGAACAAGGGUUCCUAACUUGAAACCUGCCCAUGUUUUCAGACAAGAUGAAGCAAUUGUGCCCGCUAAUUUCAAUCUCAUCACGGACAUGGACUUCAGACAAUUAGUUAACCGAGUGCCCGAAGGAGCAAGUUUCACGAUCCUGUCGGAUUCGUGCCACAGUGGCGGUCUCAUCGACAAAGAAAAAGAACAAAUCGGACCAUCUACGUACAAGACAACUUCAUCAUCACUUUCUUACAAGCCCAAAACCAUCCCUUUCGAAUCCAUACUUCACCACCUAUCAGCACUAACAGGGAUCAACUCAUCCGACAUCGGCACCCACUUGUUAGAAUCCUUUGGUGCCAAUGCCAGCCUUAAAUUCCUCGUACCGCAACUCAAUUCUGAUCUAUUCAAGUUUUUGAAGCCCGACGAGGGGAUUCUCUUAAGUGGGUGCCAAGCAGACGAGACGUCGGCCGACAUGAACCCGAUGACGUCGACGGAGAGGGGCGGAAAGGCUUACGGGGCGUUUAGCAAUGCCAUCCAGAUGGUACUCAAAGACAACUCUGGCGGAUUGAGCAAUAAACAGGUUGUGACUAUGGCUAGGAAGGUAUUAGAGGCUCAAGGAUUUGAUCAACACCCUUGCCUUUAUUGCAGUGAUCGGAACGCCGAUGCUACUUUCUUGUCUCGUCCCGAUUAUAAGCCCUCGGUAUUGGGAAUUUAA